UGUGACAAUUAACUCUAGACUCUGUGCGUUAAUGUCCUAUGUGAGUUGACGCGUGAAAUCAUGUUCUGUGUGUAAAAUUAACGCGUAAAAUCAUGCCAUCUAUUCACAAUGAAUCAACGGCCCAAGCUCAGAUCGCCGCCACCGUCCUCCGCCGCAUCAUCUCCUUCUCCGCCAACCUCACCAAAUCUGAACAGGGAGAAAGCUAAAACGAUUAUCAAAAUGCCCCGGAAAUCAUACAUAAAACCCACUCUUGUCCUCGCUUCCCUUCUCGCCAUCUUUGCCCUCUACACCUUCCUCUUCUACACUCCUCCCGAUUACAGCAAUAAUAAUUCUAAUUUACAUAAUAAAUUUGACACCGAUUAUUCUAACGUUAAUAAGGUGAAAAUAUAUAUGUAUGACUUGCCGAGGAGAUUUACAUACGGGGUGAUAGAGAGCUACGCGGCGGCGCGUGGAGGUAAGCCGGUGCAGAACGACGUACUGUUGAAGUAUCCGGGGAACCAGCACUCGGCUGAGUGGUACUUGUUCUCUGAUUUAAAUCGGCCGAGUGAAAACCGUACAAACUCCGCCGUGACUCGGGUUAUCGACCCGGAGGAUGCUGAUCUUUUCUAUGUGCCGUUUUUCUCGUCACUAAGCCUCGUGGUCAACCCGAUCCGACCCGCCAAUGCAAAUGGUCCUGCGGAUAGACCUACGUACAACGAUGAGCAAAUGCAGGAGGCUUUGAUGGAGUGGCUGGAGGAGCAGGUGUACUGGAAGAGGAAUAAUGGAUGGGAUCAUGUAUUCAUAUGUCAGGAUCCCAAUGCGUUAUACAAGAUUAUUGAUCGGGUGAAGAAUGGGGUGCUUUUGGUUUCCGAUUUUGGGAGGUUGGCUCACAAUCAAGCAUCACUUGUUAAGGAUGUGAUCUUGCCAUAUUCACAUCGCAUUAAUACAUACAAUGGGGAUAUAGGGGUUGGGAAUCGCAAGUCACUGCUGUUCUUUAUGGGAAAUCGAUAUAGAAAAGAGGGUGGGAAGAUUCGUGACUUGCUUUUUCAAGUGCUUGAGAAGGAGAAGGAUGUUAUUAUAAAACAUGGUGCCCAGUCCAGAGAGAGUCGACGCGCAGCAACACAAGGAAUGCACACUUCAAAAUUCUGUUUGCAUCCAGCUGGUGAUACUCCAUCAGCUUGUCGACUUUUUGAUGCUAUUGUCAGCUUGUGUAUUCCUGUUAUUGUAAGCGAUUACAUUGAGUUGCCUUUCGAAGAUGUUAUAAACUACAAAAAUAUUGCUGUUUUCGUGGAUACCAACACAGCUGUUAAGCCUGGAUACUUGGUUAAAUCCUUAAGAAGGGUGAGCACAAAGAGAAUUUUGGAAUUACAAAAAGAGUUGAAAAAGGUAAAACGAUACUUUCAAUAUGAGGAUCCGAAUGGAACUGUGAAAGAAAUCUGGCGCCAAGUCACUUCGAAACUACCUCUUAUCAAGCUAAUGACCAAUCGUGACAAAAGAAUUGUGGUGCGGGAAUUGGCUGAACCAGAUUGCUCAUGUCUUUGCUCAAACCAGUCAGCGGUUCAAGCGAUACUAUGAUUUCACGAUGCUAUGCUCGAACCAGAUUUUUGGUCACUGCAAAUCUCAGAUAUUAUAAUCUUAUUUUCAGAUUUUAACGGAAUUAUUCAUUGUACCUAAUUCCUCGUGGAAAAUUGCCCACUCCUCGAGGCUAGGAGAUGUCUUGAUCAGGCUGAGCAGAAUCACCUCAAUCCUCCUACAAUACUUAUUUGAGAGAUGCUAUACGUCCAGGGUGCCAAAUGCUGCCCCCUAUAGGUGGGGGGCCCUGUCAGGCGCCAUUUGGCCCCCCUUUCCAUCCAGGGUCCAUGUGGCCCUGGAAAACUAGUUUUUUCCUACUUAUUUAUAUUGAGAAACUGGGUAACGAAUUUCACUUCUAUUCCAUAGUUAAAAGCUCAGUUGAUUUCUUGAUGUACCUAUAAAUGAUUUGCUCAGUACAAACUGAAAUUCCAGUCUCGUUUCCUGUAUUCCUAUUUUA